GGGAUGAUUACCUAGUACUAGGUAGUUAUGUGGGUCCUUGCCUUAACAACAUUGAAGUAUCUCGUACCUGCAUCUACAACAUCAAUUCGAUCAUGGAUAUUUGAUGUACAUAGGUACAUACUGAAGUCGGUCUGCCAACUUGGAAACAACAUUUGAACUUGGAACUCUUCCUCCUUAAGAUUGACCUCGAUAUACUCAUAUCAGGUGAUUUAUACAUGAUAUAUAUGCCUGUGCCUUUCCUAUCACAAACACACAAUAAUACCAUUAUACCAUUAUCGGCAACCAGCCCCCAUGGAUGCCGUAGACAAGGACCUGCUAUGUGAGCGCGCCCGCGAUGUCCUCCAGAACCGGGUGCGUCCCCGCGAGGAGGUCACCGCCGUGCGGCGGCACCUAGCGCACGACCUAGCCCAGAGCCUCGGCGUCGAGAAGCUCAGCAGCCCCCUGUCCCUCGUGGACCACCUGGAUAGCGUCACCAUCACGCCCUCGGACGCUUUGCAGGGGACUUACAGAGAAUACGUCGAGGCCGUGCGGCGGAACGUCGAGAUCCGCGCCGAGUUCGCCAGGCUGCAGGCGGAGCACGAGGAGGCCACCGCCGCCGCCCUCUCGUCGCCGCAGUCGGAGUCGGACCAGCAAGCGCAGCUGCUGGAGCUGCAGCUCGAGGUGAACGCGCUCGAGCAGGAGCACGAGCGGCUCGGCGUCGUCGACAAGUACCUGCAAGCGCUGCAGCGCCAGCCGGCCGCCGCGCCGGACUUCCUCGACGCGAAGGCCAUGUCCAAGGAGUGCUCCUCCUCCUCCUCCCCUCUGCCCCAGCUGCCCAAGGAGUUCAUGGACGGCUUCACGCAGGACCGGGACGCGCCGAGCCGCGAGAUCCAGGAGCUGCUGUCGCGUCUGCAGAAGGCGGUGCUGCGCAACAAGCUGCUCGCGCAGCGGGAGAAGCAGAACUUCGAGAAGCUGAAGGCCAGGAGCCCCGUCGACCCCGGCACGCUGUCCCCGGAGGCGCAGCUGCACGCGCUCAACGCGGUGAAGGACAGCCUGAUCAGCUGGAUCGAGACGAUGCUCAGCAAAGCCGGCGGCGAAGACGAGGAGCCGAGCUCCGAAUCGCCGGUCAAGCCCCGGCAGACGGCCGGGGGUCAACCGGAGGAGAAGUUCGACCGCGACACGCACAUCGCCUCGAUCCAGCGGGAAUACGCGCAGCACAUCUCGCUGCGCCAGGAGAUCCUCUCCUCCAUCGCGCAGCUCAAUCACCUCAAACUCGAGUCCCCGCCGAAGCAAGACCCGGGGCCCGAGGAACUGCCCCCCAGCAUCAUCCCCGCAUCCGAAGCCUUCCUCCUAACGCCCUACCUCGAAAAGCUACAGGCGAUCUCGCGCGAGCAGAAGGGGCUGAUCCAGGAGAAAUCGCACAUCAACGCCUCGCUCGCGAAGCAGCAGCAGGACUUCAACAAGAUGCUCAGCCACCUCGUCGAGGAGAGCCACCUCCUGCAGCAACACCCGUCCUCCAAGAAGCCGCCCACCAACACCAACACCACCACCAGCUUCGGCGAAGCGACAAAGGGGGCAGCGAGCAAGUCCAGCAGCAGCGUCACGGCACAGGUCGAGCCGUGGAUCGCGGCCGCGCACUCGGCGCAGAUCGCCACGCUCGAGGCCGUCUUCGAGAAGGUCGAGGACGGCCAGGUCGCCGCCGACGACGCCAUGCAGGCGCUCGACCAGGUGCGGCGGCUGCUCAACAAGGAGGUCGAGGCGCCGGAAGAGGAUGGCCAGGGCCAGGGCCAGGAUGCUUCGGAGCAGCAGCGGGACAUGUGGCUGGGAGAGGAUGAGGGGGGGAACGCCAGGGCACGAGUUGUGAGGAAGAAUAGGGAGAAGAAGAAGGUUGAGAAGCAGAAAGGGGAGAGCAUUUAUGCCAAGUUGGACGGUAAUCUUGGGCUGAUCAAUGAGUAGGGGAGGGGGCGCGUGAUGAUGGUAGUUAAUUUCAAUCAUUUUUACUAAUUUCACCAAGACCAAGAUGAAAUACUCAGUCUCGCUUUUCAAGUCCGAAGCAGUUCGAUAGUAGCUACCUACCUCUCACAUCUACCUAGCACACACAGCACAUCCAAGUUUUUUUUUACCGACCCCAACACCAUGAUAAACCCAUGAUAUAUUCAUUUAUUUACUGUAUUGCAUUCCAUUCCUAUCGGAAUGACUAAAGACCACCUUCAAGGGGUUACAGCUAACUUUUCCCAGCCAAUAUGUUUGAUAUCCUCAGCGACAAAUCCAAUAUCGACAGGUGCUCGUCCGCGCCGUCUACUAGUCGCUUAUCGAUCUCCGAAAAGACCAACGUGAUCUUAUUCUUCGCCACGUCCGGGAUCAUCUCGUCUUGGAUGACUGCGUGGUAUAACUGUGAGGCGUACGUUUGUUAGCCAUUGAUGCCGCAUAAAGGGGUAGUGAGAAAAAUAGCAAAUAACUCACUUGUGAAAGCACCUGCCCAGCAC